GACAAUGUUAAAUUAAUAUUGUUGAAAAUUAUAAAUAUUAAUUUUUGUUGGGAAACCUCUUAUUUUUUGGAUGCAAUAAAUAAGAACAUUUAUUGGUAAUUUUAGCAGGAUCCAUCCUCCAUAUUAGAUGGUUCCAAAUACGUACUGGCCAUAUCACAGAAUGAAAAAGAUUAAGAUAUUUAGGGAUGUGAUAUUUAUCCUUUACAUUUUAACAGGUAUUAUGCAGUGUAAGGCAAAAAACAAAACAAAACAACAAAAAAAAACUUAAAUGCUACAAAGGAUCCUUAAAAACAAAACUUUAAACGCCAAACUAUUUUAAUCAGUAACAAAUAGGACACAUCAGAAAUCUCAAGAUCAGCUCGAUAAGAACUGCACAAACUACAUUUUUCUAAUCAAAAUAAUUCUAGAAAAAAGGCCAAACAUAAACAUGGAACAUAACUUCACUGUAAAAGAAAUUAUGUUUUCGCCAUCACAGUUCCAGUCACCUGCCAAGGAGAUGUGUUCUGCCUGCUUGACACCGGUGUACCCGGUGGAAAGAAUGGUGGUCAACAAGCUAAUCCUGCACCACAACUGUUUUUGCUGUAAGCACUGCAAGAAGAAGCUCAGCACUCACAACUAUUCAUCUCUUUAUGGAGAAUUCUACUGCAUCUCCCACUACCAGCAGUUAUUUAAGAGAAAGGGAAACUACGAAGGAUUUGGGCAUACACAACAUAAAGACCGCUGGCUUCACAAAAAUAAAGGAACAGAUGAGCCCGAUGCCAAAACCACAUCCAAAAUGACCAAAAACAACAUAAAAACAUCUGCUGAGCUGCUCAGUGCGACGGCUAGCAUAAACGAGCGCGAGCAUAAGAGUGUUGCUGAUGUUAAGGGCAAGCUGAAAGUAAGAUGGCCUCCAGAGAAGAACAUUACCAGGGCUAGUCCAACACAGCCGACAAAUGCACCAGUGCUGAAAAAUAAGGUGCAUGAUGCUGGCAAACCGGCGACCGUUGGUGAAUCACAGCGUUGGAGGAGUGAGAAACCUGACUAUAGGAGAGAAAUGACAAACACAGCAGGGAAUGGACAAUCUAAGACAGUAAAUCUGAUCUCAGCUAAGAAGUCGCUCUCUGAAAAACCAGCAUCAGUGAAGGAUUCAACAAAAGCAGUCCAAAUCUCCAUCCCUCCAACGGAGCGUGAAGUUCCUUUGCGCACCUCUGUGAAAAACCAAAGAGCAGUUCAGACAAGAGUGGUGACCCUUUCAAAACUGAACAACAGUCCAGUUUCUAACAAGCUGGAAACCUCUCAAAAUAAAGUUCGGAAAUCUGUCCGAUUUGCUCAGAAGGUUAACAUGGCUUUGUGUGACCAGUCUAGCCAGAUCGGCUCUGGAGGUGAAUCUGAAAACUCCCCAGAGCAAUCGGAACAAAGCCUUACAAGUAGCUCCCAGGAUGAAACAGAGACCAAUUACAUGAAAGUGGAUUCUUUAAACAGUGGACUUGAAGAACGUAAUGGAACCCCUGAGAUGACUCUACGUCAAGACAAUGGAGACCCAACAACUGAACCAAACCAGGAGUCCAAUGUUGAUGUGGAGACCAGGCAAAAAAUCCCACAAAUGGAUGAUGCAACUCUGACAGAAGAUGUGGAGGAAGUUAAAGACUCACUUGAUUGUCAAAGUCACACAGAAAUAUCCAGUUUGACUGAAGAUAAAACACAACAUGAACCAUCUGAGAAACCAGAUGUUGCUUCAAUGGGUCAGGUCAGCAAAUGUGGUUCUGAGGAUCUGAAUGGUCCACAAAAUCCUGCGGGACAUGUGAUCGAAGAGGAGGCCAGUCUUGUAAUGAAUGAAAACCAGUUGGCAACAACCAGUUCGAACAGUGAGAAAGAAAACACUGCAGUUCAGAAGAAGGCUCUACCAAGAACAAACUCAAAAACCAAACUAGGAUCCUUGUCCAAAGGAAGGAGUCCUUUGACAAAGCUGUUUACAUCAACUGGUAAUGACAAAGCAACAAGAGCAGAACCAAAGGAUGCAAAGAAAACUGAUGUGAAACCCGGUGGUGGACUGUUUGGAAGACUGUUUCAAUCAUCCUCUGACACAACAAAAACACCUGCACAGCCAGAGAAACAUACCAAAACUAAUACCGCUAAUGAGACAGCAGAGAUGGAACAACAGACUAAGACAGAAGAGAAUCAGGAGAAGGAGAAAAUUUCUGAAGUUGCACCUUUGGAAACAGAAGCUGCAAAUCAGACAAGCUCAGUGCUUUCUGAGGAAACUAUCCGCACAUCUAUAGAUACGGUCAACUUGUCCCAGGAAUCCAUCAAAGGAACCAAUGAGGAUCUGCCAACUCCAGAGAAAACUGAAGAAAACCCAGCUGAUCAAGAGUCAGACUUAAAUAUCACUGUAGCUACAGAUCAGUCUGUAAGUGAUCCAGAAAAACAACCUGAAAUCCUCCUGACUGACACGAAUUUACCGAACCCAGGCCCAGAAGAAUCAGUCAUUCAGUCGACACCUGAAGGAAGCAGUGAUGAGCUUUUAACUCAUUCUGUUUUUGGUGAUAACUUCAGAGAAGUUGCACUUUUGGAACCAGAAAGAAGUUGCACCUUUGGAACCAGAAGCUUCAAAUCAGACAAGCUCAGUGCUUUCUGA